AUGGAACCCAACGGAAUUUACGUCACUCUUUCCGUCAACGCGACGGAGUAUCAUUGGGGGAUCUACGUCACCGGCGACGACCUGCGCCAGGGCGUUGCCGUUCACCACGCCGACAACAAGACAGGCGGUUGGUCUUACGAGCGCAAAUAUACCAACAAUCUUGUUCGUUCAAAAAUGUUAGCAUUGGCACUGAGAGUCGGAACCGUUCCCCUGCCGCAGGGGCAUGCCCAAAUCGACCAUAUCUUGGGCGAUCCGAAGCUUGGGCGAUGGAUGCUGUGGCACGGCUACAUGAUGCAGGCAUUGUGA